GUGUGCAGAAACUAAAGCUGGAUUCAUACUGAGGACAUGGGAGUCACCCAUGGAAAGAAGAGAGAUCUCCAACAUUCUACAGAGACACACCUGAACGGGUCUGCCUCAGAAAUGCAGACACACCAAAUUGAACAGCAAGACCGACACUCGAAGCCUCAGGCUCCUCCGUCCCAACUACAGAGUGUGGAGGAGAGCAGUAAUCUCAUCAGACCGCAAAAACCUCUCAAUCCUGUAACAGCCUCCAAGAGCCACCAGGAGCUCCACAAAGAACUGCGGAUGACCCACAAGAGGAGAGUGUCUCAAGAAGGAAAGACUGAACUCCAGAAGGCUUUAGAAAAGAGGAGAUGGGAACAAAGGAUGAAGGAGAGCAGGGAUCAGGAAGAGGCAAAGAAGAACAGAUCACCACUUCAUCAGGAACUGUUGAAAAGACAUCAGAGGCUAGAAAAGCUGGAGAGAGACAAAGGACAACAGCGAGAGGGGCCAGAGUUCCUCCGAGUCAAAGAGAGGCUGAGAAGAACUGCAGUGUUAGAUGUAGGAGGAAAAGAAGUGUGACAGUAAGAGAUUGUAUGUGCAUGUUUUGUGUCAGCACAAUGGACCGUUGGUAAUAAAUGAUCGGGCGGAGAGACUGAUCUUAUGAGGGCUUUAAAAAAAACACAAAUAAAAACAAAAAAACUGUACAACAAAUAGAUAUUCAGCAGUCAAAAUGAAAACAACAAUCCGAUAAGGUAAAGUAAGACAUUUGGCAGCCAAUCGUCCCAGUGAUUAGCUGAGCAAAGAUGCAAGAGGUUAA